GUUAUGGAACAAUAUCCUGUACUCCCUGAGCCAACUCCUCUCACUUUACAGAACCCGCAGAAGAUGACUCCUGACAUGCCCUACAAAACUCUAUAUUUCCCUGCAAAGUACUCUUUGGGAAAUCUGCAGCAGAGACACUGGGCAGAAGUGCUAAAUAUCAUUGUUCUUGUAAUUGAAGGUCUUCUCCUUCUAGGAUUCGGCUCCUAUUUUGCUGAUGUCAAUAAUAAGCCAGCUUUCAGCGCAUUAGUGAUGUUCCACGUCACCAUGUUUAUCCUCAAUGUUGUGUUUUACAUUGUUCCUCAAAGCAAGUUAGUCAGAGACUUGCUUGGAUUUUUCAGUAUAGCUUCAUUCUUUGUAUUCGGGCUUGUCGUUAUUUAUGUAGUGGCAAGCAUUUCAGGCCCAUCUGUUGAUACCAUUGGUGCCAUUCUUCUCGGAGCUUUUGUAGGGCUUCCAACAUUCAUCCUUGGGCUAAGCGCCUGGAUUGCUCUCAGAGAGACUGCUAGAAUCCCUACUGUGAAAGAAAACUUUGGUCAAGAUUCUAGAAUCCAAUACCUCACCCAAGAUCUUGAAUUCUAAAAUUUCGGAAAAGGUCAGACACUAG